CUCUUUUUAUUUCUUUGUACGCCCAGUGCGGCCAUUAUAAAAAAUCAUUUCAUCGCGUUUAACGCGCGCUCUUUGAGUGACCUCUAAUGUGACUAUUUAUUUUAUUCAAUAGGUCUUGGUUAAAUGGAUUGUCCACUUUUUAACAUCAAUUUCAAUCAUGAAGAAGUCAACAGAUCGAAAGAAAAAUAACAAUGGCAACACGUUAUUCAAUUACUUUAAGAAGACCAGUGAGCCAAAAAAGUCAGAGCCACUCUCUUCUGUUAUUGCGCGUCAAUCAACAACAGUUCAAAGGAUUGAAUCUACCAAAUCGUGCAUCAUCACUUCUUCCUUUACAACAACAAAAUCCAAUACACUUCAACAUCAAACUAUUGACUUGACAACAAGUACUGACAGUGACAAGCAGUGGGUCGACCUCACCACAGACGAUUCACCAACCAGCAGCCAGGGCUCCUUUCAUUCGACAGAGUAUAGUGAAGGCAUGAAGAACACAAGUAAAUACAAUCGAAAAGCGUGGGCACCUAUCGACAGCAGACGAGGACCCCUCCGAUCCAGCCAAGAGAGCACUUCUACGCCAUCUGUUGUUAUGCCACUGGAUAAGGUUAUACCAGUCAGACGACAGACAGCGUCAGUAAGAUACGACUGGGUUGGCCCUAACGAUGUGAAACCGUACAGCUCAAACUAUGCGCCUUACAGCUCAACAAACACCUCAGAUUUGAAAAGACCAAAUAUCUCACUUUAUACAGCACCAAAAGAUGAUGGCGAGAAUGAUCCGCCUUAUUUUAACAAAAGACGUAUUUUACCCAACAAGAUAUCCGAAAACAAUUGGUCAAGAACUAAAGGCAGUCGCGUUACAUCCAAAAGCCCUGCACUAUCUCAAUCUAUAGCAUCAGUAGAGUAUAGACCCACAUUGUCCUCAGAACAGCAGCGUGUUUUGGAAAUGGUCUUGCACGAUAAGAAGAGCUUGUUCUUUACAGGAAGUGCAGGUACAGGUAAAUCCGUCCUGCUGAGAGCCAUUAUUGACGAAAUGAGUAUACGGUACGGAGCGGGUUUGGCUGUGACAGCAUCCACAGGUAUUGCAGCCUGUAAUAUCAAUGGCUGUACUUUACACAGGUAGAAAACAUAGAUAUCAUUUUAAAUAAAUAUGCUCAUGCGCCUGUAGCUUUGGUGGCAUUGGCAUAGGAAAUGAUAGAGUAGAUAUAUUAGUCGAUAAAAUCAAGUAUGACAACAGAAGAGCCUACGAGCGAUGGAAGAA